AUGUGUUCAGCUACCAUCAGUCUCGUCUUCGCCGUGCUGGUGGCACAAGUACUAGCAUUACCACAGGUCGAACAAGUCGGGACAGCAUCAUCAGCAGUCACAGCAGUACCGAUAUGCACCCACAUCAUCUUCAAACAGCCCUCUUUCGGCAGGGUCUGCACGAGUCACAGCAGUACCUUGACAUACACAUCGUACACCAAUUGUGGUGUUGGCUGUACGCUGUCUACCAGACAGUUCGGUGUAGGCCUCCCAUGCCGUACUGUGAGGUUCAACCCGGGUAACACUGCGACGAUGGUAACGAGUUGUUCACCAAUUACGGCGAUGACGACAACGACGAAGACGGUGACGAAGCAUGCGAGGCAUACAGGUGAGCUUCCGUUCUUAUUCAGUGGGGGUUUGCUGAUAUGGAGUAGUCAUUUCGAGUUUGUAGAGGCGCCUAGGAGGGGAUGUUCGUCCAUAUUAAGGUACCGUGACAUGCGCUUCAUGUGGAGUCAAAGCUUGGUAGGGGAGGGUAUCAGAGUCCAAGGUCUAUGCAUGUACCUGGAUCAAGGGGAUAGGAUCAGUCUGAAAGGAUUUGCAGCCUCAUCUAAUGCUUCCUGGAUGCAUUUUUGCUUCCUGUUGUCUUUGUACGUGGAUGUGGUAAUGAGAGGAAGAGGCCGUGCGUGGGUACGUCAUGCCCAGAACCUGAGCUAG